AAGGGUGCACUGAAGCCUUAAAAGGGGUUUUAAGAUGAGUUACGCCUAAUCUCCACAAGGGGUAAGGUCAAGUUUAAUAAGUCUGGAAGAUUUGUUUUGAUUUUGUUUUACUCUGUGGUCAUGUCUCACAACAAAAAAACCGCAAAUACUAAUUAAGUAGUUCAGUAGGUACUCAGCAUAGGCCAAAUAACUUCAAGAGGAUUGUAAGUCUAGUGAAAAUGAAAAUCUAAAUAACAAUCAUUGCCAUCGCAUAGCCUGAGAAUAAACUUCAUUUUAAGGGAUAAAAGAAAUCAUAGCUGUGCGAGUUUCCGAUGUUUUCUAACAUCACUAUUGUCAAAGGGCAAACGUGACUGUAAGAAGUAAUAUAAGUUGUAAGUGAGUGAACACAAACCACAACUGUCUCUGCAUGAUAAGUGAGGGUGGAAUGAAUAAAAUUCAGACAACCAAUUUUAUUUAUUCCACCCUUACCCAAGAACCCAAGAACUGAUCAUGACUGAUCUAGAUUGCAGGACUGAGGAAAGGAUUCCGGAAUGCUUCGAUCGACAAUUACUGAAAAAGGAGAUUGAGAUGAAGGCAAAACCGCAACAAUCGCAACAAAGCCAGACCAACAUAUUCCGCAAUCCUGUUUGGAAUAGUGCACUCGGAACUUGUACCAAUCAAGUUGAUCAAGGGGGCUCCCGACGGGAUAUCGAGAGGGCAACGAAUUCUUUAGGGACCUGCAGCCCUUCCAGACUGCAACACCGUUGUGUUGAAGGUUACACUAACGAUGUCAAAAGCAUUAUACCUCCAAGGCCGAUACGUGUGUGUUCUGCAGUGGACAAUGGAAUGUCAUCAGAUUUUAAUUCAAUGGAAAUGUGUUUUGAUGGCUCUUGGCGAUCGCCGGCUUCCUCUGGUUUGUCAAGCGUGUCAGACGUAAUUGAAAGAAAGCUAUCUUCCGAAAGCAUUGACUCAGAGAUUCUACCCUCGAGCUUGGAUGCUGCACCAAGUCUUGAUGAUGUCUUUGAUGUUCUUGAUGAAAUGGAUCCCUUUGAGCCAGAUCUUACCAUAAAUGCACAUGCUCCCUUGUCAGCGCCAUCAACUCCAUUCAUGCCCCAGCUUUACUGGUCUGAUAGCCUAUAUCAGCCACCUAGUGGCUUAAAUGCGUGCAAUUCAUUUCAGCCCUUUCACUUUGGCCUCGUAAAAAGUCUUCAAAACCCUUCACGAGGUUUGAUCACAGCUAUGAGAAGGCUUUGUGAGUUACUUUCAAAACCAAGAUCGGAUCAUUUGGAAUCUGUCUUUGUUCGUCUUCUUAACAGCACCUUAAACGAUAUGGAAGAUGCCGCACAACCUCAAUCCAAACGUCCGAGGCGGAACUACGAGAGGCUGCCUGUCUCUAAGAGGAAACGACCAAACAAGUCUUCAGGCGAUGCUGAAAGCGGAUACGAAUCAGCUAGCAUCAGGCAGAGUCGUGCCCGCACUUCAAAGUCUCACUCUCUGCCAGUUAUUUCCUCUAGGGUAGACAGGCGUACAGAAACUGUGGAUUUAACUGGCUCUGAAGAGUGUGAAGAACAGAAGCAACAUGAUAGUAAAGCAACUCAAAAGGAACCAUUUGUUGCUCUAGAGGAUACCAUGUCAGCCUUCAUAGAAAGUUUCUUUUCUAAGUCCUUGUCCAAAACUGUAAACUAUCAAGAGACAUCGGAUAAAUUGGAAGACUUUGUAAACUGAAUUAAUUAAUAAGAUUUUCUAUUUGAACAUUCAUUGACAUUUAUUGAGUCAGCAGAAACUAUACACAGUUAUCACGUUAACUUUGACAUAAGAAAUAUAAAGUAGUGCUCUCUUGUUCCUCGAGUUUUUUCUAUUCAUGCGCUCUACAGCUUCAAUAAUUGUCAAUAUUUGUUAGUAUGUUACCGAUUGAUAGUUCUUUGAAUUGGCGGCACACCGCUACAUCGCCUGUCACUCAUUUCAUGCACUAGAGAUGUAAAAAUCGAAAGGUUAUUUUGCCUGCCAGAUGAGCUGUUUAUAACAAAUCCAAGUUGAAGGUCUCGUACUUUGUUAUUCAUAAAAGAAGAUAAAGAGUAACUUAGUUAAUCCUCUUCAUAGGCCUUAUUACCGAAGUAAUCCCGGUGCCCAGGUACCCAAGGAACUCAGCACUCCAGUGGAUAAUGUUACCACGAGCGUUGCGUGGGUGUAUUCUUGGAGGAUGACAAUCUAGGGUAGUCUGCGUGUGAAAAAUCCUCGUCACAGGAUCGUGAGCGCGAGCUAAACCCACCUGGGAUUUUCAAAACCGAGAGGGAUUUCCCUAGGGUAAAUGGGAAAUAGACGGAUUCGGCUAACGUGUUUACAGCCUUGUCACCACACAAUUCAUACCACUCGAUGAUUCAUUUGAGAGGUUACAGUUGUGCAAUUUGCUAAACUCACCUGAUUACAUGGGAGUAUGUACAAACAGAUUAAUUGUAACCUCCCAAAUGAAUCAUCACAUGAUCUGAAUUGAGUGACAACAAGGAUGUAAACACACUAGCCGAAUCCGUUAAUAGGCCCUUUACAGGAUCUGGUCACAUAGUACAAAAUCACACGUGCUGAGACGCAAGUCGCACAGUGGGACUUCCAAAACAAAGCAACUCGUACCAGUCCACCUUGAGCUGCCUUUGUUUAGGAAGUCCCACUGUGCAGCUUGUGUCCCAUCAUGUGUUAUUUUGUACCAUGUGACCGGAUCCUGCGAAGGGUCUAUUCUCUUGCCCUUACUCCUCUCUUGUUAUUCAGCAUUCUCAUACAUACUCGAGGAUGGUAUAUCAUGAGCUGGUAAAAUACCCUGACAAGUAGUACACCAAGGAAAAAGUUCACACAACUGAACAAUAAAUAAAAGAUUACUAUAUAAAUAACAACCCAAUAUAGCGCUCUGAUUAAUUCUAUGACUCUAGUACACUGGAGCUACUGCAAAUUUGCAUCUUACACAUGCACCACGUUGUGCAUGGAAUUUUGGAAAUGAAAAAACGCAAUAAAAUUGUGUUAUGAGAAAAACAAUCUUUUCUUGAAGAAGUCAGAAAAGGACACCAUAAAGUGAUGAGAAAAACGGUGAGAAAAAAUUAGCCGAUAGUGUGUUAAGUGAUGUAAUUAAGUCUGUGGACAAACAAGCAUUAAAUUUUUUAACACUAGAUCAAUCAACAAUAGCAACAGAUGAUCCUAUGGUGACCCUCUUACCAUUCCCCCUUUCUUACAACUGCUCCCUCCAUUCCCCCCUCUGCCACCUCUGCUUACCCUGCCAUGUUUAUCCAGAUGCCAAGAAGACACAUUCGACUUGCUACAGCGGGCGUGUUAACCCAGGUGCGUUGGCAACGAUGUAUCAGCUGUUUCGCCUCUCUCUAAAAGAACUGGAGAUAAAUACUGGAACUGUCAUAAUAUUCCAGUGAUAUAUUUCUGUCAACCCUUCCCUCCCCUCUUUCAUGCAGACAUGUCUCCCACAUUGGGUCUGAAAAAGAGGAGCUGCUAUUGUGAGUUGUCAGUUAAAAGUUUGUCUAUUUGUCUAUUUAUCUGUGGUUCUUGUUUUGAUGAGUUGGUCAGGAAUCGUGAAGUUCGCGUGGAUUAAAUCCAAGUCAAGUGGAUACCGCAAAGCCGGGGUAUAUUGCAUGUACUACUAACCGAUUUAAGAGGGCGUCGUAUGGCAUCGAAAUUAACAAUCAGGGCAGGCCAAACGUGUGUUGUGAUGGCUGUAAACCGGAGCGGCUGAAUUUGUUUUGGUGUUGACAACUUUAAAUUGUUAACUGACUUUGCUUUUCCAAUUUCUAAACAUCACCUUCUGCUAGCUAACAAUUUAUCGAUAUCCACCAAAGCGAGACACUUAAUUUUAAUGGCUCGUAGGUGUUUCCUGUUGACAAUAUUGUGCAUGAAUCUUAUUGUUCGUUAGCCAGGCCUUUGUACAUUGAGGAAUAUUAACUGAUUGUUCUACCAAGGAGAAAAACAGUGGAAAUCUAGAUUGUUUGGCAUGUUUGCACCUGUUCCACUCCUGCCGCCUUACUCCCUUAAAACACGUUAGUAAACGCUUAGUGAAUGCUUGCAGAGGUCGCCUAGUGUUGUUUUCUGUUCCCAUCAAGCUAGUAAAUAUACAAAGUGCUAGCCUGUAACAAAGCUCUCCAGCCCGGCACCUAUGGAGCGUCUUCGCUCUCACCAAUUAUUUUUUACAUGAUUUAUUUCUUUUAUUCAAACGGUUCAUUUAAUUUUGAGAUAGGAAUUGCCAUCAAUCAUAAUGUCGCAUACAAUG